AUGUCUGACUCUGAUCCCAAGUUCCAUCCCUUGUCUGGCACUAACUACCCCCAGUGGAGUGGUGAAAUGCAAGCUUGGUUGAUGACCAAGGGACUGUGGAGGCUCGUCUCUGGCACUGAAAAGUGCCCUGUGACUGAUGCUGAAGCACAAGAGAAAUGUGUGUUGAGAGCUGAAAAGGCUGCUGGUGCAUUAUACCUCAAUGUCACCAAAGAGCAGCGCAUCCAUCUUGAUGGCAUCAUUGAUGAUCCUGUCAAGAUCUGGGAGAAACUGGCAAUUGUGCACAUCUCUAAGAAGCCUGGGACGAGAUUUAAUGCCUAUAACGACUUCUUCUCUAUCAGAAAGAAGGAGGACGAGUCCCUGUAG